UCCCCUUCCUUGCACACUUUCACUAUCACGUGUCGAUCAUUAUCUCGGGUCCCUUCUUCCUUCUCCACAAACAGGGGUGUUCUUGACCCCUUCGAACGCAUUCCUCCUUUACUCUCCUCGUCAUUCACUCGCUCCUUCGCUCUUUCACUCACCCGCUUCACCAGCUUCAUUCCCUCUAUCCCACCUUUACUUGUCGCCAUCCAUACACACAUAUAUAGCCAUGACCAAUCCUCAAAAAAUAGUCUUCCCCUCUGCAUCCGAGCCCCUGGUCGAGAUCACCCGCGAGGAGCCCCUGUUCAUCAUGACCAUGGUCGAUAACGAGAACCGGUUCACGACCGAGAUGUGCAAGGCCAUCUGCGAUGCCCUGGACCAUGUCUCCGAUGUCGUCGACAAGGAGGAGCUGACCGAGGCUGCCCUCGUCACCCGGGGCCAGGACAAGUUCUACUCCAACGGUCUCCACAUCGAAAAGGCCUUCUCCAUCCCUGGCUUCACUGACCAUACCUUCAUGCCCAUGCUCAACAAGAUCCUCAUGUUUGGCAUCCCCACCAUCGCAUGCCUCAACGGACAUGCUUUUGCUGGUGGAUGUCUCAUGGCCAUGGCCCACGACUAUAGAGUCAUGAGAAGCGAUCGCGGCUUCAUAUGCAUGAACGAAAUUGAUCUGCCUUCGCCUCUGCCCGCUGGCAUGUCGGCAUUGCUUCGCUACAAAAUGCACCCACACGUCUACCGAUCGGUUGUACUCGAGGCCAGACGCUACCCGGGCAAGGAUGCCCUAGCCAACAACCUAGUCGAUGCCAUCGCUGAAGGCGUUGAUGCCACGUUUGAGCUGGCCAAGCAGGUCGCAUGUAAGCUCGCGCCCAAGGCUAAGAGCGGAUCUAUCUACGCUCUGAUUAAGGAAGACAUGUAUCCCGAGAUUUCGUCGCGUCUCAUGUUGAAUGCAAAGUUGUAACAUAGUCAUAUUAGACCUGUGUUUCGAUCUGG